GACCGGCGACGCUGAAAACUAAUUAUUUAUUCUUUUGUUGUUAUAUGAAAUGUAAAUGUGUAAAUCAAAAACAAACAUUUCUAAUUCCAAAGAUACCAACCGGUGAUGACUAAUAAAUAAAGUUUUAAUUUGAUUCAGAGUGGCAGAAUUUGAAUUACAAAUAAAAACCAACAUAAAGUCAUUCCAAAGUGGUAAUCAAGAAUUUUCACCCCUAAUCUAAAUGUAAUCAAAACAAUAUCACGCGAUUAAGCGGCGUACAUUGAUACUACUACAAGAUAAACACGAUGCUUGCAUUUUUUAAAUAGCGCUUGUCGCGAAAUAUACAAUUGCAGCUACGUAAUCCAUUGUGUUGACCACUGUCACUCUAGCUGGACGUAUUUGUACUGUAUUCUAUUAGAUUGUGUUCUACAUUCCUCUUCCGGUGUGCAUAAUAAUACGGAAUACUUUGAACAUAUCCCGUCUAAAGUUCAAUUAGAGAAAAAAAAUUACUUUUGGAACAAAAUGGUUGCACAAUCAAAGCUGAGUCAAGUCUUUAGUUAUGAAUCUUGGAUACAUGCCGUAUCUGGAGCAGCGGGUGGUUGCAUUGCUAUGAGCACUUUCUAUCCACUCGACACAGUGCGCUCACGUUUACAACUUGAAGAUCCAGAUAAAAAUGGCGAGGCUCGAAGUACCAUACAAGUCAUUAAAGAAAUUAUGACUGGCGAAGGCUUUCAGGCAUUGUAUCGCGGUUUGGGACCGGUACUACAAAGCCUUUGCAUUUCAAAUUUUGUAUAUUUUUACACAUUCCACAGUUUAAAAGCUUUAAGCGCAAAUGGCAAGCAACAGUCUGCUUUAAAGGAUCUAUUCCUCGGUACAAUCGCCGGUGUUAUUAAUGUAUUAGCAACCACGCCGUUUUGGGUGGUAAACACGCGUGUGCGAAUGCGUAAUGUGGCUGGCACUUCAGAUGAUGUUAAUAAGCACUACAACAAUUUGAUUAGCGGGCUUUUAUAUGUUGCUAAAACUGAGGGCAUACGUGGUCUCUGGUCUGGCACUAUACCAUCGCUGAUGCUCGUCUCUAAUCCAGCAUUGCAGUUUAUGAUGUAUGAGCUAUUAAAACGUAAUCUGACGAAGUUUACAGGCACUGAGAUAUCUAGUUUAGGGUUUUUCACAAUUGGUGCACUUGCUAAAGCAUUUGCCACCAUACUAACAUAUCCUUUACAACUAGUCCAGACGAAACAACGUCAUCGCACAAAAGCAACGCACGAAAACAAUUCGACUGCAACAAAGAAUGCCUCAAAUGACGCGAGCAUGAUGACAAUUAUGUUGAAUAUACUGCAAAAUCAAGGUUUUAAGGGACUCUUCCGUGGUUUGGAAGCCAAAAUAUUACAAACCGUCUUGACUGCAGCGCUUAUGUUCAUGAUUUAUGAGAACAUUUCAUCCACUGUGAGAGCUUUGUUAAACAGGGCGCCUCCAGUGCUUAAAUAGGUAUAAAGAAUAUUCACCUGGUGGAUAUUCAUUCAAUUUAUUUCAUAAUUAUUAUUUAUUGUUUUUUUUUUUUUUUUUUGGUGUGAUCAUUACAUAUACUGAACUGAAUGGGCUAUAAGUAUCAAUUUUUGUUUGCAUAAUAUGCAAAAAAUUAAUUUUAUUAAAUAUAAGGGGUUUGUUGAGUUUU